CUCCCACGCAACGCAAGCAGGCAUCUUUUUGAUCCCCCUUUUCCCCAUCCACGACCCUUCUUCUGCCACCUUCGAACAAGACAGAGGCCAUCCCGCUGCAUCGUCAGUAUCGGCGACAGGACGGACAAGCCACCAUCCGCAUCUUGUCCCGGACCCCGGCUCCCAGCCUCUUUCUCUUCUUUCUUCUGUCCGUCGCCUCUUCUCCCGUGACGACCACCUCCUUCUAAUGACCUUCACUUCUCGUCGAUCGUUUCCGUAAUCCGUUCCCCAUUCCACUUCGCCAGCCCAAAUCGACCCUGGCGACCUGAGUAGGUCCACCGCACCUCCGAUCCAAAAGCCUCUGUCCGACUCCGAAUUCUUGAUCCUCUGGCACCAUGGCGCGCUCAGUUGGCGCGCAAGCGCAACCGGGGAGACCACCCUCCCCCCGCUCCCAACAGAACCAUGUGCAACCAAACACUCGCGCACGAAAGCCCGACGACUACACAUCCGAAGGCGUCGACGACAAUGAUGUCUUCCUCCUCCCCGUUUCCGAUUACCAGGUCAUGCUCGGCAUGACGAUCCUCGCCGCCAUCGUUCGACUCUUCCGGAUCUACCAGCCUAGCAGCGUGGUGUUCGACGAGGUCCACUUUGGCGGUUUCGCCUCGAAAUACAUCAAGGGCAAGUUCUUCAUGGACGUACACCCUCCUCUAGCGAAACUGCUCAUCACACUCUUCGGUUGGCUUGCUGGUUUCAACGGCGACUUCGACUUCAAGGAGAUCGGGAAGGACUACAUCGAGCCCGGUGUUCCAUAUGUUGCUAUGCGGAUGUUCCCCGCCAUCUGCGGCAUCCUGUUGGUCCCCGUCAUUUUCCUGACCUUGAAGGCUUCCGGGUGCCGGACCUUCACCUCGGCCAUGGGAGCUGGCUUAAUUAUCUUCGAGAACGGUCUCCUCACCCAGGCCCGUCUGAUCCUCCUCGACUCGCCCUUAGUCCUUGCAACGGCUUUCACGACCAUGGCAUUCCUCUCGUUCACCAAUCAGCAUGAAUUGGGCCCUUCCCGAGCUUUCCAGCCCAGUUGGUGGUUCUGGCUCGCCAUGACCGGCCUUGGCCUCGGCGCGACAUUCAGCAUCAAAUGGGUCGGUCUCUUCACGAUUGCAUGGGUGGGAAGCUUGACGCUGGUCCAGCUCUGGGUCUUGCUCGGUGAUACCAAGACCGUCACGGCCAGGGUUUGGCUCAAGCACUUCAUGGCUCGCUUUUUUUGCCUGAUUGUGAUCCCGGCCACAGUUUACCUGUCCAUGUUCGCCAUCCACUUCCUCUGCCUCGUCAACCCCGGCGAGGGUGACGGGUUCAUGAGCUCCGAGUUCCAGUCCACCUUGAACUCGAAGAGUAUGCAGGAUGUUCCCGCUGAUGUCCUGUUGGGCAGCAGGGUUUCUAUCCGACAUGUGAACACUCAAGGAGGCUAUCUUCACUCACACCCACUGAUGUACCCCACCGGUAGCAAGCAGCAACAGAUCACGCUAUACCCUCACAAGGACGAGAACAACGUGUGGUUGCUCGAGAACCAAACUCAGCCACUGAACAUGAACGGUGAACCCAUCAACGGAACCGAAGCUUGGGAUAAACUUGACCCAACAUUCAUCAAGAACGGCGACGUUCUGCGACUGUACCACAUCAACACGCACCGACGGCUCCACUCCCACGACGUGAGACCCCCGGUUACUGAGCAGGACUGGCAAAACGAGGUUUCUGCUUAUGGUUACGAGGGAUUCGAGGGGGACGCGAACGACUACUUCCGCGUUGAGAUUAUUGCGAAGCAGUCCAAGGCAGGCGUUGCUCAAGAACGGUUGCGCACCAUCGAGACGAAGUUCAAGCUGGUACACAUCAUGACUGGCUGCGUCCUGUUUUCUCACAAGGUCAAGUUGCCUGAAUGGGCCUCAGAGCAGCAAGAAGUCACCUGUGCCAAGGGUGGCACACUCCCUAACAGCUUGUGGUAUGUUGAGUACAACGAGCACCCAGUCCUCGGUGCCGAUGCCGAGAAGGUCAACUACCAGAACCCGGGCUUCUUUGGCAAGUUCUUGGAACUUCAGCAGGUCAUGUGGAGGACUAACGCUGGCCUGGUCGAAUCGCACGCUUGGGACUCUCGCCCGAGCUCGUGGCCGAUCCUCAAGCGAGGCAUCAACUUCUGGGGCAGAGACCACCGCCAGAUCUAUCUCAUCGGUAACCCAAUAGUCUGGUGGAGCUCCACCCUGGCUAUCGUGGCAUACGUGCUUUUCAAGGGCGUCGCUGUCCUCAGGUGGCAGCGGAGCUACAGGGACUACGACAACGUCACUUUCAAGCGUUUCGACUACGAGAUCGGAAUGUCAGUGCUUGGUUGGGCAUUCCACUACUUCCCAUUCUACUUGAUGCAGCGUCAGCUCUUCCUUCACCACUACUUUCCGGCCCUGACUUUCGCCGUUAUCGCGCUCUGCCAAAUUUUCGACUUCCUGACUGCUCGGGUUGCAGCUUUGGGCAUCCGCGAAAACUCGAUCAUCAACAAGACGACAACUACGAGCUUCCUGGUCCUCUCUGCUGCUGUCUUCAUGAUCUACGCUCCACUCGCAUAUGGGAAUACUUGGACCAAGUCGGAAUGCAAGCGCGUCAAGCUGUUCGACUCCUGGGAUUUCGAUUGCAACACGUUCUACAAUGAUUACUCGCAGUAUAACACCCUCGGGGGAGUUCCAGCUGCGUCCGCGACGUCCAAGAACUCGGUACCGAGCUCUAAGGCACCUGAGGCACCUGCACGGGCGCCGCCGGCUGGUGAGCAGCAGGAGCAGGGCCAGAAGCCGAUACACGACAAGGAUGAGUUUUUCAAGGACGGCGGAGCAGGCAUCAGCGGGGCGCCGGCGCCGCCGGGCCAGCGAUUAGUGAAGCGCGAGGAGCGGAUUGAGUACCGCGAUCAGGACGGCAACAUCCUGAACGAUGAGCAGGUCAAGGCGCUAGAGGGCAAAGUGGAAUUCAAGACGCGGUAUGAGACCCGGACACGCAUGGUGGACGCCGACGGAAACGAGUUCGACGCACCGCUCGGGGAGGCCCACCAGCAGGCGGUGGGAGAGCCCGUCGGGGUCGCGCCGCCGCACCCGGACGUUGAAGGCGUCGACACGCAGACGGCGCAAAAGCAAAAGGCGAUUGGCGAAGACGAGGUGGUCCCGCCCGCCAAGGAGAGCGUCGAGGGCGACCACGAGGCCAAAGCUAAGGCUGCGAAGCCUGCCAGCGAGAAGCAGGAGGCCAGCAAGGAAGCCAGCACAUAGAGAUAACUAGCAGCCUACUUUCCUCGUUGCUACCUUUCUCUCCGGGCAUUACGGUGCCGUCUAUUCUUGCUUCCUAUGUCAUCCAUUUUCUUGGUUUCUUUCUCCACGGUAGGUCUUGGGAUGGGGUAGGAUGUAAGAUACCAAGCAAUUACCUCUCAUACUUGGGCCAACCGGGAUUGAUUCGUAUGUGAAAUUGGAACUCAGCAAUGAGUUGGCCCGCAGCGUCUAAUGGAGCCAAUCCCAUUAGGGGCAGGCAUAUAGACUCAUGAUCUGAAUCCUACACGCUACCAUCUACCAAAUAUCAGCCGAUGGCUUUUUACAGAUGACACA